AUGGACCCUCUCUCUAUUAUCAGCGGCUGCGCUGGCCUCACCACAGCGAUCGGUAGUUUAAGUAUAUCAAUUAAUACCUUUGUGCGCAGCUGUCGAGAAGCCCGCAGCGAUCUCGACAGGGUUUCGCGCGAGCUUCAUUCUCUCCAGACAGUCCUUGAACUCAUCGAGGAAGACGCAAAAGAUGACACGAAGCCAUUUCCACCAACAAUCCAACACCAUGUGUCGGGCAUUGUUUCAAACUGUGGAUCCGUUGUUCUCGAAGUUGAAACAUGCAUAAAAAAGUACGGAGAUGGACGUAUCAAGAGCAGAGCCUCCUGGGCCAUCAAUGGUCAAGGCGACAUGGAGAAGCUGAGGUCCAGUCUGGAAGCUCACAAAUCAGCCCUGGAACUGGCCCUUGACAUGAUAUCUCUAUCUUUGACGAAAGAUAUCAAAGUUGAUACGACGGAAAUUCGGAACGACACAACUGCGAUUAAAGACGACACGGCUCUGAUACUGCAAGAAAUAGCGCAGCUUCAGGCUCGAUUGCCCGAUACUGUUGCUUCCCCAAAUGAUUAUAUUCUUCAGAAGUUCUUGGAGCAUAUGGCGACAUAUACUGAGACGACUCUCGACGUCGAUGUGUCCUAUAGUGAUGGCAUGAGCUCUAGAGCUCUGUCCAUUGUCGAUGAGCACUAUCACAGCUCACCCAAAUCUCCGCGGUACGAUCUACCGAUUUUAGGACCUCAAUAUCCCGCCGCCUUGGUAGCUAGUCAGUCGUCAGACUCGUCAAAUCCAGGUGAUGCCCUCAAAAACGGCAUUAAUCACCCUGCCUCUUCAAAAUCUCACAAUCACGGACAUGGUCACUGGCCGAGACCAACAAGGGAAGACAUCCUCCAUCGCCCAAAGGGACCCGGUCCCGUAUCUUCUUGGCCUGAGGUCUUCUUCGACAAAGAAGUUGCACUCGGCAAUGAUCCUCAAGCACCUCGUUCAAGCGCCCUAGCAUCAGAUUCUAGAAUUGAAGAAACGCAAAAUCAAAUCGCACCUUCGCUUGUGCGAGUCCAUCAAGGUGACAGCCAUAAGAAAUCUGUGCUUUCUGAAUUUGCAAGGCUAGACACCUUUGAUCCUCUAUGGCGUGAGCGCUAUGGCGACUAUCUCCAUGGCAAAAGACUCUCAAAUGACGCGAUCAGAGAGAAUCAGGAGUUCGUCAUCGGCCUUUUGAACGAAGUCAAGAAGGAUGAGAUGCUAUCCUAUUCACAACAAAAUUAUCCACUGCCAUCAAUGGACGAUAAACGAAGGCACAGUGACCGAGGUCAGCCGCUGCCAUCGAUACGUGGCCCCCAGCACGCGGAUCUCCUCAACUCAACUUCUCAUCGAUCCCUUCAACAACUGAUACCGUAUAUGGUACCGAUUAGGCGACCAAUUCCAACAGAAGAAGACGAUAUUGUCAAAUUAUCAUACAGCACUAAAGGGCUAUCCAGUCAGGAAGAAUACCAUAUCCAAAGGUUUAGGGGCAAUGUGGUCGUUGAUCUUCCAGUACCGGACAGGAUCCUUAACCUUGUUCCUCACUCUUCCCCUCCAGGUCGAGACGAAUUCACGCAUUCAAGAUUCAGCUUCAUCACCUGCCCACCAGAGGUUUUUGGAAAUCGAAAUUAUACUUUGAGAGCUACCCUAUUUGCUCAACCACGACAAACUCAGUUUAUUCUAGUUAUGCAACUAGACCCUAAUGACAAGGACUUCGUAUUGCGCUGGAAUUUCAUCCAUGAUUCUAUCGUAUAUGCCCAGCAGAAACACCAAGCAUCCGGAACCUCACAGGAGUUCUGGAAGCGAGUUAUUGUUCAUUUACAUUUGGCUCAUGGAACGCAAUGGGGAGCCCGUAGCAGUGAUCAUCCAUUAAAUGUGCUAGAGUCCAUUGGAGCAAAGCAGACAAUCAAUGCCAAAGUCACAAGAAUAGACUCUGAGUAUCUUGAUGAGCCGAUAGAAGAGGGCUCAUCAACAAUCGGAGGGCACAUGGUUCAUGCUAUCAUGUCAGAGUAUACUGUCCAGCUACGCCAGCUCGGCUUUCCGCCCGGGACGGUAGUCCCCGCCGAGGUCCCGAUCCAAGUUGUGAUUACAUCAGCUCGUGCCCCAGAAAACUUCCCGACGCUGCACUGGUCCAACAAAUUCAUUCCAUGGACCUGCGCCAUCAACGAAGCCGUCCAAGCUCAACAUGUCAUCGAUAUGAGCGAGUUUUCUGACGCCCUUUUGACAGAAACUAACUUCUUAUGGGAAGUUCUGAGAAGAGAUAGGUCUUUACUCGUGUCCAAGCGUAAGCCGUUUCCGACUUAUGACUUGUAUAUCUUCAGAUUUGAUAGCUUGAUUAUAGAGCUCCAAUUUGAUAGCUUGUUUGUGGAGUUCGAGUCAGAUUUAAGUCCAAGGACCUCUUCGAAGGAAAAGAAGUCAAAAGAAAGGUGGACAAGGUGGUUCAAGUGA